UUACAUGCAUUUCGCAAAUGAUUUUCAAUAGUUUAAAACAACUGCCAAAUAGCAUACAAAUUAUCGAUAGCGAUACUGGACGUCAUACUAGUAAACACCAGGUGCUCGACUAUGGUCUAAGAUUUGCCACAUUUCUUAUCGAUGAAUACCAUAUAAACACAGGCGAUGUUUGUCUAUUUACAGCUAAAAACUGUGAUAUUCACGGCAUUGCUUUGAUUGGAGUUAUAUUUUCGGGUGCCAUCUAUGCCUGUAUACCGGACCACUCGACUGUCCGCGAGUUACAGGAAGUCAUCAGACAGAUAAAGCCAACUGUGCUGGUGAUUGACACCGAAAAGUAUGAUGUGAUGUCAAAGAUUGCCUCAAAGUUCAAUCUAAAACUCCUGGUGCUCGAACAGCAUGUAAAACAUUUAUCCAUUGAAAACAUAUUUAUAACGGAUCGCCAGAUAAAUCCAAUCUUACCGGUAGAGACCAGUUGGGAGACAACCAUAACAUUUGUUAUGAGCAGUGGAACCACUGGUCGUCCCAAAGCUAUUCGUCGCACAAAUGGUAACCAUUUGGCGACUGUGGCUAUGUUUAAGCACCGGGAGUUGUUGCCAAUGACCGAGAAUGAUGUAUUGCUUUCCACUGCUUUUUUGCACAUUUGUGGCCAACGAUGUCUUUUCUCGGCCAUCGAAAGCGGCGCACGGGUUCUAGCGCUGUCCUGCGAUGAGUCUCACGGAGAGGUAUUUGAAGCCAUUAACAAAUAUGGUGUCACUCACGCUAUACUGAUGCCAACUCAACUCAACUAUUUGGUCAAACAUCCGGACCAAUAUCCUGCUAACUAUUUUUCUAAUCUCCGGGAUGUAUUGACAGGUGCGGCACCAUUGGCUUUUGGCACCCAUCAGGCAAUUAAAGAGCGUUAUAAUUUUGAAAAGUUUUGCAACAGCUAUGGUAUGUCGGAAAGUGGUUUUGUGUUAACUGUUCAUUUGCAUGAAAAAGACAAUCUCAGUGAUUGUGAAACAGUAGGUAAAGUAAAUCCAGGAUCAGAGAUAAUGGUAAUUGACACCAAUGGAAACUCAUUAGGACCGGGAAAGUUGGGCGAGAUAUGUAUCAAAGGAGAUCAGGUGACUCCUGGCUAUGUAAACAAUGCUAAAGAAAACGAAAAACUCUUUACUCCGGAAGGUUUUCUCAAGAGUGGAGACAUUGGAUACUAUGACUGCAAUCACUUCUUCUAUAUUGUUGGUCGAAGUAAACAAAUGAUUAAAGUCGAUGGUGUCAGUAUAUCGCCGGUAGAGUUGGAGCAUCUGUUGAUCAGUCAUAAAGACGUGGAAAAUGCUGCAGUUGUCGGCAUCAGUGAUGAUGAACGAGGAGAGGUUCCCAUGGCUUUUGUUACCGUUAUUGAGGGCGCCUACGUUACUGAGGAACAGCUCAUUGAGUUUGUGGACAGUCAGGUAAACGAUCACAAGAAGCUAAGAGGCGGACUCCGUAUACUCGAGUCGUUUCCGACGACUCCCAGCGGAAAGAUUCAUAAAUCAAAAUUAAAUACCGAUAAUCCUUUCUUUCAUUAA